AUGGAGCUCUUCGUUUCACUGCAUCCGUCCCCGUUACACGAUCACAAGGCCGCGCGAGCAGCAGGCGCUGAUGGACGUGCAGCUCGGCGCGCAUGCCAUGGACUCCCUCUCACCACCCUCUACCGCUCCCUCGCACUCACCUUUCAGGUCCCCCAUCCACCCUCUCCUUCUCACUCCACAUCCUCACUAUAUGCUUCUCAGCGUUGUCUCCAGGAUCUGAAGAGGGCGUGGGAUGCCACGUGGAGGGCCAGAGACGCACAGGUGGCAGCUCUCCUUCCUCUCAUUGGUUGCUCGCCACAUGCUGCUGGUCCCUCCCACACCUCCCUUUCCCUCCCCCCCCCCCCCCUCUCCCCCCCUUGCCCCUCCUGCCGUACCUGCCAUGCCGUCAUGCAGCCACAUGGCAGCGUGCACCACAGCACGUCAUGCAGCCACAUGGCAGCGUGCACCACAGCACAGCACGUGCUGCUGGUUGCACAGCACAUCUCCCUUUCCCCACCCCGCAAUCACACAUGCAUCGCCUCCCGCACUCCCCCUCUCACCUCGCCCCACCCCCCCGUGCCCCGCCCUACAUGCCUGCAUGCCAGCACAAGAAGACGUGCAGCACAGGCAACGUGCUGGGUUGUCAUCUCCCUUUCCCCACUCCACAACCGCACCUGCAUCGCCUCCUCACCUCCCCCCCCGCGCCCCCGUCUCUCUGCCAUCAUGCCACCACACGGCGGUGUGCAGCACAGCUCGCCGGGGCUGCUGGGUCCCCUUCCUCUCUCAUGCAUGCAUCCUCAUCGCCUCCCCUUCAAUGCCCUCUCCCCAUCCCCCCCCCCCCCCUCUUUGCCUGCAGGCCACCACAUGGUGGGUUUCUGUGGGGUUAUCCCCUCUUCCCUCCACGACCCACCUUCCCUCAAUCCACCCUCUUUUCUCCACGCUUCGCGUUCCCUCUACCCACUCGAACUCCUUGUUCGCCCACCGCCUCUUCCUCACCUCUCCCCGUCUUCCACUCCUCCCACCCUCUUCCUCACUCCCACUCUCUUCUCCGUCUCUUCUCCUUCUCUUCUCCCUCUUUUCUCCUUCUCUUCUCCCUCCCACCUGCAGCUGCAGCUAGGCAAGGACCUUCCUCUGACCCGCGUCCUCUCUGUCGCUUCUCCUACCGCUAGCUGCAGCAGCCAGCAGCUGGGCAAGGGCAGCUUUGGAACCGUUUUUCGUGGGCAGGUGGACAGAAGGCUGGGAGAGGUGUUACGUGGCAGCAGGAGAGAGGUGGCUGUUGGUAACAGCACAAUUAAGGUAAGAGUGACACCCCCGGCCUCCUCUCGCUCCUUUUCCCCUACACACGGUGCAUCUACUGUCUCACAGGCGGAGAUCCUAGUGUUUGGCGAUCUGAGCCACCCCAACCUGGAGCGGCUGUUGGGGUACUGCAUUGAGGGCAACACUGUUGCGCUCCUCUCCCUUGCAUCCCCUCCCUUUCCCUUCUCUCAUUGUGCAUCUCUCGUCUCCCCCUCCCCUCAUUGUGCACCUUUCACCCCACAGGCGGUGAUCCUAGUGUUUGGCGAUCUGAGCCACCGCAACCUGGUGCAGCUGCUUGACUCUGGUUUAUGGCUCAUUGGGAAACAACUGGCCUGCAUGGUGCUGGGAUGCAUGGUGCUGGGAUGCAUGGUGCUGGGAUGCAUGGUGCUGGGAUGCAUGGUGCUGGGAUGCAUGGUGCUGGGAUGCAUGGUGCUGGGAUGCAUGGUGCUGGGAUGCAUGGUGCUGGGAUGCAUGGUGCUGGGAUGCAUGGUGCCGGGCGGCAUGGUGCUGGGCGGCAUGGUGCUGGGCGGCAUGGUGCUGGGCGGCAUGGUGCUGGGCGGCAUGGUGCUGGGCGGCAUGGUGCUGGGCGGUAUGGUGCUGGGCGGCAUGGUGCUGGGCGGCAUGGUGCUAGGCGGCAUGGUACUGGGCGGCAUUGUGCUGGGCGGCAUGGUGCUGGGCGGCAUGGUGCUGGGCGGCAUGGUGCUGGGCGGCAUGGUGCUGGGCGGCAUGGUGCUGGGCGGCAUGGUGCCGAGCCGCCAGUCAGCGUUGAUAGGCCAGAUGACGUUGUCAUCUUUCUCUCUCCAUUCUGUAUCCCUUCCUUACCCCUCCCCUCCCCUCCCCUUCCCCUUCCCGUUGCUUCCCCUUUCCCUCCUUUUCCCCUACCCUUGCCCUCCCCUUUCUCUUCCCUCUCCCUGCCCUCUCCCUUCCCUUUCCAUCUCGCUCCCCUCCUUUUUCCCUCCCGUUUCCUUCCCUCCCCUUCCCCACUCCUUCCCCUCCCCUUCCCUCCCCCUCCCCUCCGCCUCCCCUUCCCUCCCCUUCCGACCCCCCUCCCCUUCCCCUGAACCACUGCAUCGACUCACACAUGCCACACUUCUGUCUGACCUUCACUCCACUCCCCACCCACUUUUACCUUUCUGCCCCCCUCCUCUCGUUCCCCCUGCCCUUCCUCCAUCUCCCUUCUCAUACCAGCUCAUCAACAGCAUCAACUUACACAUGCCUCAAUCUAUUGGAGGGUGA